AUACAGCUCAAUUUGUUCCUUUUUUAAGUUGUUAAAUUAAAACGGUCCAAUUCUAACCAAAAUAAAUAAAUUAAAAAAUCUUUAUAGAUUAUUCAUUUAUUUUUCCUUUUUCAUAAUUAUAUUAUUCCUUUUAUUAAUUUCAUUUUUUUCCUUUCAUUAUCAUCUAUAAUAAUAAAAAAAUACAUUUCAUUUGGUAGUAAAAUAAUAAUAGCUGUGUUCCUCUUGUGCUCAAUUACGUUGUUUAUAAAAUUUAGCCGUUUCAAAAAAAAAAUAGUAAUUGUAUUUUUCUUUUUUGACUCACAAAAGUAGUUGUUAUGGUCAAAAUAAGCUUUUUUCACAAAAGAAAAAAAAAAAAGCAAUAAGCUCAGAAAUUUAGACUUUUUCUCCUUCACAUUUCACAACUCUUCACAGUUCACACGCCAACCAAACAUUUCCCAUUUUUUUCCGUCACCGGAAAACUCACCGCCGGCGAACUAGUCCACUUCCAGUUUCUUCAAUUUCAUGGUGUAACUGUGUAAAAUAAUUAUCAUAAUCAUCAUAAUUAUCAUAAUUUAAUUUCCAUUUCAAACAUGGGGAAUUGCAACACGUGUAUAAACUCAGACGCAACUGAGUCAACCGGAAAAGCAACAACCGAGUCGAACCGAGUCGGAAGAAAAGCAAGAAAAACAAAACCAAAUCCAUACACAGAACAAUCGUUAACUUCAGGAGCAGCGAUUAAAGUUCUAAAAGAAUCAAAUCAAAGAAAUCGAAUUGGAGACAAAUAUGUUUUAGGUCGUGAGCUAGGUCGUGGUGAAUUCGGCAUAACAUAUCUUUGUACAGACAAAGAAACGAAAGAGGAACUAGCUUGUAAGUCAAUUUCAAAGAGGAAAUUAAGAACAGCUGUUGAUGUUGAAGAUGUUCGGCGUGAAGCGGCGAUUAUGGCGACGUUGCCGGAACAUCCUAAUGUGGUGAAGUUGAAAGCUACUUAUGAAGAUGAUGAAAAUGUUCAUCUUGUUAUGGAGUUGUGUGAAGGAGGAGAAUUGUUUGAUAGGAUUGUUGCGAGAGGGCAUUAUAGUGAACGUGCUGCAGCUCAUGUUGCUAGGACUAUUGCUGAAGUUGUUAGGAUGUGUCAUGUUAAUGGUGUUAUGCAUAGAGAUCUUAAACCUGAGAAUUUUCUUUUUGCUAAUAAGAAAGAAAAUUCUGUUCUUAAAGCUAUUGAUUUUGGUCUCUCGGUUUUCUUCAAGCCCGGGGAGAGAUUUUCGGAGAUUGUGGGGAGUCCUUACUAUAUGGCACCGGAGGUUUUGAAGAGGAAUUAUGGUCCAGAGGUUGAUAUAUGGAGUGCUGGGGUGAUUUUGUAUAUUUUGUUAUGUGGGGUGCCUCCGUUUUGGGCUGAGACGGAACAAGGUGUUGCUUUGGCAAUUUUGAGGGGAGUAAUUGACUUCAAGAGGGAGCCUUGGCCUCAGAUUUCUGACAGUGCUAAGAGUCUUGUGCGUCAGAUGUUGGAACCUGAUCCUAAAAAACGCUUGACGGCAGAACAGGUGCUUGAACAUCCUUGGCUACAAAAUGCAAAGAAAGCUUCAAACGUACCAUUAGGAGAUAUUGUGAGGACAAGGCUUAAGCAAUUCUCCUUGAUGAAUAGAUUCAAAAAGAGAGCUCUCCGGGUAAUUGCACAACAUUUAUCUCUUGAAGAAGUAGAAAUAAUCAAAGACAUGUUUACGUUGAUGGAUACUGACAAAGAUGGCAGAAUAACAUAUGAGGAACUGAAGGCUGGUUUGCGGAAAGUUGGUUCACAACUGGCUGAGCCAGAGAUAAAGUUGUUGAUGGACGUGGCUGAUGUUGAUGGGAAUGGAGUGCUUGACUAUGGAGAGUUUGUAGCUGUUACAAUUCACUUGCAAAGAAUGGAGAAUGACGAGCAUUUCCGCAAAGCAUUCAAGUUUUUUGACAUAGAUGAGAGUGAGUAUAUUGAGUUAAGUGAACUAGAAGCAGCAUUAGCAGAUGACUUAGGAGAAACUGACUCUAAUGUACUGAAUGAAAUCAUGCGAGAAGUUGAUACUGACAAGGAUGGUCGCAUCAGUUAUGAUGAGUUUGUGGCCAUGAUGAAAACGGGAACUGAUUGGAGAAAAGCAUCCAGGCAAUAUUCUAGAGAAAGAUUCAAGAGCCUGAGCAUAAACUUGAUGAAGGACGGCUCGCUGCAGCUUCAUGACGGGAUAAGUGGUCAAGCUGUUGUGGUUUGAGUAUAUAAGUUAUUUCUUUCUUUAACAUUGGUGCUCACUCAGUUUCCUUUUUUCAUCCACUACUCAUUAUUCUUGAAAGUAUGCUUUGUGUAAUCUCUCCAUAAAAUCUAAAACCAAUCCAGUUUCUGGAGUGUACUGAUCAUCUUGAGUUGGACUUCGAUAGUUAGUUUUCUCAGCUGGCUUGGUGUUGGAUGGUUGAAGCAUACGCGUUGGAGGAUUGCAUACUAAAGAUUGUUUUAUAACUUGUCGGUAAAUAAAUUGUGGAGGGCUGGAGACACAUGCUGCAGACCUCAAAAUGUCACAUAUAUACAUAUUCAUUGUAUACUUAUGUAAUGUUUGAUGAUUUCAUUGAUAAAUGUGGUUUUUCUAACUGUUAUCGGCAGAAACCAGUCAGGGUUUGUCUCAUUUGCGGUGCGAGCUUCUAAGGAAGUUUCUUUACCUGCAAGUUAAAGCAGUUUUACUUUGUCAUAGGGAUUAGUCCUGGCUUUGGGCCAAGGAAUACUUUGGUUCAACCAAAAAUUUCACUUUGUUUGUAAAAAAUGCAGAAUUUCUUGGUUUUUUUUU